AUGGAGAUGAUUCCAAUAGUAAUACUAGGAAUAGAAUUUUAUAAUAAUUAUUGGAAUCCUGUAAACGGAGUAGAUUUUGUACUUUCAGCAACAUAAAUAACAAAAACUAGUUGUACAGUUUAAACAGCACGCAAUAAUAAUAGCUAAUUAGAUGGUAUUUCUGUUAGUGCUUUAGUUAUUGAUACUUCAUAAUUUCCUUUUUUUGUUAAAAAUGAUUAAUAAAUUUAAAAUAUACAAUUUACAAAUUAUGUUUAUUAAAAGGAGUAUAGUUUUUCAUCUAAUAUCCAAAAUCAAAGUAAUAAAUGUGUUUCUGUUAUAUUGACAGGUUGGAAAUCAGCUUAUGAUUCUUCUAAUAAAGUUUUCGCUUUAACUAUUUAAGUGGUUAUAAUAACAGAUUCUGGAUAUACUAUUUAGAUAUCAACAGCUAAAGACUCAUAAUAAGUAAUUAAUGUAUCUUUUACUGUAUUAGAAUACAUUUAAAAUCCUCCAACCAGUAUAUAUGGAAUAGUUUCAAAUUAUGAUACUCAAUACUAGUAACCAACAACUUAAAAUUGUUUCUUCAAUGAUUAGUGCCCUAAUUCUUUAAGAUACUUUCCUGUCUAAUUUAAUGUUUUCAUACAAAAUUCUCCACCCUCAGGAAAUUAUCAGAAUUUUUUUGUUUCUUUAAAUCAACUAUACUUCAAUACAGUAAAAGACGGCUCAGAUUUAAGAAUUAGCAUCAUAAAUUUGCCAGUUUCUUCAAAUAAAAUAUAGUAUCAAUACUAAGUUUGGGAUGGUGCUUAAUGUUUAGGAGCUACUUCAACAGCCUUAUACUUCUACAAGAAAACUUGUCCAAGUAAUUAAUUUAUAAAGAUUAACUCUAAUAGUUGUUCUUCAGUUUGCUAGAUUUAAGAUCCUUCAAAUAGCUCUAUAUGCUUAGAUUGUCCUUCUGGAUAAUAUUUUUUAUAAGAUUAAAAUAUAUGCUAAGCAACUUAACCAAAUGGUUAUUCUUGCUCAGUACCUAGCGCAUAAUUUAAUUUUAAAGUUUGCUAAACAUAUAGAAUUUCUAAUUGGAAAUGUUAUUCUCAAAGUUCUCCUCCUAAUAACACAUUUUGUGAUUGGAAUAUAUUAUAAUGUACUUAAUGUACAGAUUCUAGUUGUAAAGCUUGUAGUGAUCCUACAUAACCUCCAUAAAAAUGCUUAUCAUGUGAUGCAAGUAAAAAAAUGGUUUUGUUCUCAGGUAAAUGCUAUUCUUAAAGCUCUCCUCCUCUCAAUACUUUUUGUGAUUGGAAUAAAUUAAAAUGUACUUAAUGUACAGAUCCUAGUUGCUUAGUUUGUAGUGAUACUGCAUAUCCUUCAUAAAAAUGCUUUUCAUGUGAUGUUAGUAAAAAUAUGGUCCUCUUCUAGGAUAAGUGCUAUUCUUAAAGUUCUCCUCCUCACAAUGCUUUUUGUGAUUGGAAUAAAUUAUUAUGUACUUAAUGUAACGAUUCUAGAUGUCUCUUUUGUAGCGAUCCUAAUUCCCCACCAUAGAUUUGUUUAUCCUGUUAAAUUAACUCAAACUAUAUUUUAAAAGAAGGAAAGUGCUUAUAAAAUUGUUAAUAAAUAUAAAGCGAAGAAAAUGAAGAAUGCUCCUAAAAUUAAAUUAUAGAGAUAUAAGAAACAUAUAAACUCAACAAUGAUCCAAAUUAUCAAAAGUACUAAAAUUUAGUAGUAGGGUCAUCUGUUUUAGCUGUUACAUCUCUAGAAAUUAUUCUCUUCUUGAGACCACUUAUCUAAAUAUUAAAAUUGAUAAAAAUGGUACCAACUUUGAUUAAAAAGAUUAAACUAUACUUGAAUGAAAAGAAAUAGAAAAAGAAAGUAGACUUUUUAAGCUAGUAAUAUCUAGAACUGAUUGAAAAAAAUUAAAAUUAGAGCAAUUAUACUGACUAAGUUCCAAUAGUCUAUUUUCAAUAAAAUAUUUGGCUUUUUAAAUUUGGAGAUGGUACUUAUUAAGGCUCAUAAACUAUUGAUUAUUCAGCCAACUCAUUUUAAUAGAUUCCAAUUGUAAUACUAGGAAUUUAAUUUUACAAUAAUUAGUGGAAUCCUUCCACAGGAGUAGAUUUUGUACUUUCAGCAGCAGAUAUAACAAAAACUAGUUGUACAGUUUAAACAGCUCGUAAUAAUAAUAGUAUAUUAGCUGGUAUUUCUGCUAGUGCCUUAGUUAUAGAUACUUCAUAAUUUCCUUUUUUUAUUAAAAGUGAUUAAUAAAUUUAAAAUAUAAAAUUUACAAAUUAUGUUUAUUAAAAGGUUUAUAGCUUUUCAACUAAUAUAUAAAAUCAAAGUAAUAAAUUUGUUUCUGUUAUAUUGACAGGUUGGAAAUCAGCUUAUGAUUCUUCUAAUAAAGUUUUCGCUCUAACUAUUUAAGUGGUUGGCAUAACAGAUUCUGGAUAUACUAUUUAGAUAUCAACAGCUCAAGAUUCAUAAUAAAUAAUUAAUGUAUAUUUUACUGUAUUAGAAUACAUUUAAAAUCCUCCAACCAGUAUAUAUGGAAUAGUUUCAAAUUAUGAUAAACAAUACUAAUAACCAACAACUUAAAAUUGUUUCUUCAAUGAUUAGUGUUCUAAUUCUUAAAGAUUCUUUCCUGUCUAAUUUAAUGUUUUGAUACAAAACUCUCCACCCUCAGGAAAUUAUCAGAAUUUUUUUGUUUCUUUAAACUAACUUUACUUCAAUACAGUAUAAGAUGACUAAGCUUUAAGAAUUACUAUCAUAAAUAAGCCUAUUUCAUCAAAUAAAAUAUAGUAUCAAUACUCAGUUUGGGAUGGUGCUUAAUGUUUAGGAGCUACAUCAACAGCCAUAUACUUCUAUAAGAAAACUUGUCCAAGUAAUUAAUUGAUAAAUAUUAACUCUAAUAGUUGUUCAUCAGUUUGCUUGAUUUAAGAUCCUUCAAAUAGCUCUAUAUGCUUAGAUUGUCCUUCUGGAUAAUAUUUUUUAUAAGAUUAAAAUAUAUGCUAAGCAACUUAACCAAAUGGUUAUUCUUGCUCAGUACCGAGCGCAUAAUCUAAUUUUAACGUUUGCUAAAAUUGUAACAUUUCUAAUUGCAAGUUAUGUUCAUAAAUUUCUAAUUAAUUUACUUGCACUUAAUGUGUAAGUUAGUAUUUUUUAUACAAUAACUAAUGCUAAUAAACAUAACCUUCAAAUACAUUUUGCGAUAUUUAAAGUUUUAUUUGUAGUAAAUGUUUAGAUGAAAGUUGUUUAACUUGUAGCGACCCUAGUUAAUCAUCUCCUUAGUGCUUAACUUGUGAUACUAAAUAAAACUAAAUUUUAUAUAAAGGAAAAUGUUAUUCUCAAAGUUCUCCUCCUAAUAACACGUUUUGUGAUUGGAGUAAAUUAUAAUGCAUUUUAUGCAAUGAUAGCAACUGUCUUUCUUGCAGUGACCCUGCUAAGACACCAUAAAUUUGCAAUAAGUGCGUACCAAACUAAUCUUUGAUUUUAUUUUAAGGUAAAUGUUAUAACUAGAAUAACCCUCCUCCUAACACCUAUUGUGAUUGGACAAAAUUGAGAUGUUCUUUAUGUGUUGAUAGUAAAUGUCUUACUUGCUCUGAUCCUAGCUUAUCACCUUAAUAAUGCUUAAAAUGUGAUGCAAGCUAAAAAUAGGUUCUUUAUCAGGGUGAAUGUUACAAUUAGUAGAACCAACCAUCAAACACAUUUUGUGAUUGGAAUACAUUAUAAUGUAGCAAUUGUAAUGAUUCUAAAUGCCUCUUUUGUAGUGAUCCUAAUUUACCUCCUUAAUUAUGUUUAUAAUGUGAUGUUAGCUUAUAAAAGUAAAUACUAUAUUAGGGUAAAUGCUUUAGCUAAAGUGAUCCUCCUCCCUAAAACGCAUUUUGUAAUUGGGACAAAUUAUAAUGUUCUAAGUGUGCUGAUAACAUAUGUCUUACUUGUAGUGAUCCUAGUAAACCACCUUAAAAAUGUUUAUCAUGUGAUACUAGUUAAAAGUAAAUUCUUUAUUAGGGUAAAUGCUUUAACAAGAAUAAUCCUCCAUCAAAUACUUAUUGUGAUUGGAAUAAAUUAAAUUGUACUUAAUGUACAGAUCCUAGUUGCUUAUAUUGUAGCGAUACUACAUAAUCUCCAUAAAAAUGCUUAUCAUGUGAUGCUAGCAAAAAGAUGGUUCUCUUCUAGGAUAAGUGCUAUUCUUAAAGUUCUCCUCCUCAAAAUGCUUUUUGUGAUUGGAAUAAAUUAUUAUGUACUUAAUGUAAUGAUUCUAGUUGUCUAAAGUGUAGUGAUCCUAAUUUACCUCCUUAAUUAUGCUUAUUAUGUGAUGCUAGUAAAAACAUGGUUUUAUUCUAGGAUAAGUGCUACCCUUAAAGCUCUCCUCCUCCAAAUACUUUUUGUGAUUGGAAUAAAUUAUUAUGUACUUAAUGUAAUGAUUCUAGAUGUCUCUUUUGCAGUGAUUCUAAUUCCCCACCAUAGAUUUGUUUAUCAUGUUAAAUUAACUCAAACUAUAUUUUAAAAGAAGGAAAGUGCAUAUAAAAUUGUUAAUAGAUAUAUAUCAAAGAAAAUGAAGAAUGCUCCUAAAAUUAAAUUAUAGAGAUAUAAGAAACAUAUUAACUUAGCAAAGAUCCAAAUUAUCAAAAAUACUAAAAUUUAGUAGUAGGGUCAUCUGUUUUAGCUAUUACAUCUCUAGUUUUCAAGUUAGUUUUUGAAAAUGGUAAAUGA